AAGUAAUGAUUCUGCAGCGAUUGUUCUGAGCAAUAGUUUUCCUCCACCACAUACGAAAGCAUUAUGAUUUUUGCUGCACUGUUCACUGUGGUUUGCCUUUUUGGAAAGGCAAAGCUACACACUAAUUCAAGUCGCCACCAUUGCGUUGAGUCUUCGUGUCAUACAGGCGUGUGUUUUUAUGGAGAGGCUGCUGAGAGAAUACUGGUAUUGGCAAAGACUGAUUGGGAUCCAAAAUGUCAUAGGGGACGACCACGUGACUGCAACGAUAUUCCAGAUUGGUGUCCAAAUGGUGUAUAUAAAGUUUACCCGAGACACUCAACUGGAUUUGAAGUCUAUUGCGAAAUGAAAAUAGAUGGAGGACACUGGACAGUUUUCCAAAGACGAGAAAAUGGGUAUGUUGAUUUCCUUCGAGGAUGGAAUGACUACAAACAUGGUUUUGGAUACCUCAAACAUGAAUUCUGGCUCGGAAAUACAAAGAUGCAUUUUCUCACAUCCCAUGGACAGUACGAAAUGAGAAUAGACCUAACAGACUUUGAGGGAAACCACGCAUUUGCAAAAUAUAAAGAUUUCAAAAUAGGUGCUGAAAGUUCAAAGUUCAAACUGACUGCAAAUGGAUACUACGGCACUGCAGGUAACAGUUUGGAACACCAUAAUGGCAUUAGUUUUUCUACCAGAGACAACGAUAACGAUAAUGCUUCGAGUGGAAAUUGUUCGACUUGGUUCCCUGGGGGAUGGUGGUAUAACAGGUGCAUGACGGCUAACCUGAAUGGCGUUUAUUUCAUCAGAACACCAGCCAUGGAACACCGCGGUGUUUACUGGCGAACUUGGAAAGGAAUAAACUACUCACUGAAAAUCUCGGUGAUGAUGCUGCGAAGAUUAUAAUUAACUGCAUUUGAUUAAAGUAUCUAAUGUAACUAUA